AUGGCGCGACCUGGAGCGCUGACAACGGCGGCCGGCGGGCGUUCUCUGCCAGAUUCCUCUUCCGAGGGCUUCGAGGAUUCGAAAGAGAAGCCACUGGGCAAUGGGCAGACGCAGGCCCGGGGCGGGGCUCGGCGGGGGCUUUCUGGCUACCCAGAGCUUGAGGCCGUUUACUUUGUUCUGGUCUUGUGUAUGUACCUGGUGUACCUGCUGAGAAAUGGAGUCAUCAUCAUUUUAAGUGUCUGUGACUCCAACUUGCACACCCCCAUGUACUUUUUCCUCAGUAAUUUGUCAUUCUUGGACAUUUUAUACACCAGCUCUUCUAUUUCUCAGCAGCUUCUUAACUUAAAGAAAACCAUUCCCUUCUCUGGAUGUGGAGUGCAUAUGUUUCUCUCCUUUGCUAUGGGAACCACAUGUGUCCUAAGCAUGAUGGCAUUUGCCCCCUACGUGGCCAUCUGCUACCCUCUGAGAUUCCCCAUCAUUAUGAACAAGGCUUCCUAUGUACUCAUGGCUGCUGGAUCCUAAAUUGCAGGGGGUGUCAGUUCUGUGUUGCAAACUUCUCUUGCCAUGCAGCUUUCUUUCUGUGGGGAUAAUGUUAUUAAUCAUUUUACUUGUGAAAUUUUGGCUGUCUUAAAAUUGGCCUGUGCUGAUACUUUCAUAAAACAGAACAACAAAAUUUCUUUUUCUUGCAAGGUAUUUUGA